CUCUUAUGUAGUUUGUGUUGUACAGAACAAUCUGCUGCUGUUUCAUGUCUCACUGACCAUGAACAAGAUGAAGAAGAAGCUCCCUGAGCGGAUCCUGAAUCACAUCCUGGAGAUUCUCUACCUGCUGACGGGAGAGGUGAGAAAGCACCAUAACGUCACCACGGCAACCGGCUGCAGUGACUCUGUAUUAGUUGCUUAGCAACAGGAGGUGACUGAUGCUCAGAGCGUGUGACUAACUCACUGACGGCGGCUCACAUGACCGGGGACACGAUGACAACAGAGAGAAUACUGACCCACACCCUGCAGAUCAUGUACCUGCUGACAGGGGAGGUGCCUAUAAAGUGCGAUGACGUUGCUGUGUAUUUCUCUAUGGAGGAGUGGGAUUAUAUAGAGGGGCACAAGGAGCUUUACAAGGAUGUCAUGAUGCAGAUUCAACAAGCACUAAGGACUAUCGAGAUCUCAGGAAACGAGAGCUCAGAACUAACAGGGGACAGUGAUGACAAUCUCGACACAGGAGCACAUGUGGAACUUGUACAGAACGUUCAGCCAGUGGAGACCCCAUCAGACAUCUCUGCAGGUGAAAAUGAUAAUAAGAUUUCACAUAACAUGGAACAAGCAGCUGAUCAGUUGCUAAGGAAUAUGACAGAAAAAGCAGAGCAGGAAAUAUGUGACAAUAUAAGUACAGGUGAAUUCACAAACUGCAGUAAUUUUAGUCAUGAACAGACUGCUGAUGCUUCUUUAAAUCUUCUUCAAAAUCAAAAAAGCUGCGUGGGAAAUCUAUGUUCUGAAUGUGGGAAAUGUUUUACAAAGAAAUCAUAUCUCUUUAGACAUCAGAAAAUUCAUAAAGGCGAGAAAGCAUUUUCAUGUUCUGAAUGUGGGAAAUGGUUUACCCAUAAAUCACAUCUUAUUAGCCAUCAGAAAAUUCAUACAGGUGAGAAAGUAUUUCCAUGUUCUGAGUGUGAGAAAUGUUUUACACAGAAAGUAAAUCUUGUUGCUCAUCAGAAAAUUCAUACAGGAGAAAAAACAUUUUCCUGUUCUGUAUGUGGGAAAUGUUUUAAUCGUAAAGGUAAUCUAGUGGAUCAUCAGAAAAUUCAUACUGGAGAAAAGGGAUUUUCAUGUUCUGAAUGUGGAAAAUGUUUUUCUCAAAAAUCAUAUCUUAGUCUUCAUCAGAAAAUUCACACGGGAGAGAAAGCAUUUUCAUGUUCUGACUGUGGGAAAUGUUUUAUUCAGAAAUCAACUCUUAUCAGGCAUCAGAAAAUCCAUACAGGAGAAAAGCCAUUUUCUUGUUCUGUUUGUGGGAAAUGUUUUAUUCAAAAUCGUUAUCUAGUGGAUCAUCAGAAAAUUCAUACUGGAGAAAAGGGAUUUUCAUGUUCUGAAUGUUGGCAAUGUUUUACUCAAAAAUCAUCUCUUAUCAGGCAUCAUAAAAUUCACACAGGAGAGAAAGCAUUUUCAUGCUCUGAAUGUGGGAAAUAUUUUGUUUUGAAAUCUUAUCUUAUUGGUCAUCAGAAAAUCCAUACAGGAGAAAAGCCAUUUUCCUGUUCUGUAUGUGGGAAAUGUUUUACUCGUAAUGGUAAUCUAGUGUAUCAUCAGAAAAUUCAUACUGGAGAAAAGGGAUUUUCAUGUUCUGAAUGUGGGAAAUGUUUUAUAUGUAAAACACAUCUUAAUAGACAUCUGAAAAUUCAUACAAGAGAAAAUCAAUUUUCCUGUUCAACAUGUGGGAAAUGUUUUAUCCGUAAAGGUAAUCUUGUUGUUCAUUAGAAAAGUCAUACAGGAGAAAAGGAAUUUUCAAGUUCUUAAUAAAAAGAAAUCCAACCGAUGAUUUCUGGUAAAGAGUGCACACUAAAUUAAUGUUAUUUGAAGUAAAAAAAAUGGAUUAAUCUAUGUGAUUAUCACAAUAAUAUCUAUAUAGAUAUGAAAUUAAAAUAUAAUAUAAGGUAUAAAACCGUUAAAAAACGUGAAAGUUCCAAAUAAAAGUCCAAUUGUGCACUUGA